AUGGAAAAGAAAAUUCUUCCUUAUACUAUUCAUGACUGGUCAAGUUAUUCUGGGAAAUAUCAUCCGUACAAUAUUGCCAAACAUGAACCUCGAAAAGUCGAAAGCCGUUGGAGUUGCGCAAACUCCAAAUUCUUCUCAAAACUAGAUACGCAGUUUAUCUUAUUAAAAUUAAAAGAACCCUGCGUGGUCACAGACAUUUUGUUCGGAAAAUAUUGUGCACCGCAUCUUUGUAAUUUGAAAGAAUUUGCAGUCUAUGGCGGCAGAGAUCAGUGGCAUCUUUUACUACUUCUUAAAGCCGGUCUUACCAAUGACUCAAACACAGAAGCUUUCACUCUUCAGUCACAAAAAGAGAACUCAAAUGUUUUUCCAUUUGCUUGCAAAUAUAUUAAAAUCGUUCCUCUACAGGCACAUGCCCCUGAAUUUAACCUUAGUAUAUGGUAUGUUGAACUGCAUGGAUAUAAUGCUCCUCAUUGUUUGUCGGCCACUGAAAAACAACGAGUCAAGGAACUAGAAACAAAAGCGAUAAAAUAUUUGCUUUCUUAUUUCUUGUACAAAGGAAAUAGUCAGGUAUGUUCAGCUAUCGCUCACCACUACCAAAUACCUUAUAUGCUUUCGCCAUUAAAUCUGCUUUACAGUGCAAUCUGCGAGUCAGGCGAUUUGUGUGAUGCCAUUCGCUUAUUUGAAGAGAAGGUUUGGAAAGAAUUAAGUCAAAGAUGGAAGAAGGAAGCCCAGCCAAAAAUACUCACUAAGGAAAUCUCUUUACUUAGUCGUGGAAUCGGUCCUCGAAGUGGACACCAGAUGGUUUAUAAUCCUCAAGACAAUAGUAUUUACCAUUACGGUGGAUGGGACGGAAUUGAGACGUUUUCUGACCUUUGGAAAUUCUCCGUCGAAACUCAAAGUUGGAGCCUCCUGGGACCUAAUCAACCUCCAGGAAAACGUGUAUGUCAUCGAAUGGUAUUAGAUUCUUCGCGGCAAUGUAUUUAUUUACUUGGUAAUUAUUUCGGCACCGCAGGAGGAAGUCUUGUAAGCCCAGAUGUCAAACCAGAUUUUUGGAAAUACAAUAUCAAAAAAGGAUACUGGACUUGCUUGUCUAAAGACACAUCUAUAGAGCAAGGUCCAAUGGCUAUCUUUGACCAGGCUAUGACCUUGAACGAAAAGGAGAAUAUACUAUAUGUCUGUGGAGGAUGCAAAUGGGAUCCAGGGGACUUGGUCUUUGAGACCUUUUAUUUAUAUUAUGUAGAUUAUGGCAUUUGGGAAAGAAAGUUGAUUGCUUUUAAAUCUUUGAAUGCCAACAUGAAUUUGCUUACCGAAAGAAUGGGCCAUUGUAUGGAAUACGCAGCAGAUGAAGAUCUUAUUUAUGUCUUUGGCGGGCAAACCCAUGACCAGGAAUUCCUUGCAGACAUGCAUAUUAUUGACACUUCCAGUUGGGAAGCGCAAAGCCAUGAUUGGUCCCAAUGUGGCAAAGAUUGUCCAUAUCCGGCGUUUUGUCAACGGAGUUCACUUGAUGAAAAAAAAAAGAGGAUUUUCGCCUUCUAUGGAUAUGAACAACGAGAGUAUCAUAAAAUCCUGCAGCCAAGUAUAUGGGCUUAUUAUAUCGAACAGAAGCAGUGGAAAAAGGUUAUAGAUAUAAAUGAGAAAAUCGGUAAUCCGCAUCCUUGUGCAAGGAAGGGGCUAAUUUACGACAGGUUUGGUCAUGCUUUGGCAGUUAAUUGGGAGACUGAAACAUUCUACAUUUCUGGUGGAAAUGCUAGCUCUCAUCCUUUAAAACCAAUGAAACUGAAAGACUUUUGGAAACUCCAAAUUAAUGAAGAAUGGGGUCAAGAUACAGUAUAUGAACAAGUUCUUUUAGAAUUGCAUAUCCAAAGGUUCUAUGAGCUAAAAUUUAAGGAUCCGGUUAAGGCCAUUUAUUACUUACAAACUGAAUUACAGCCAAAGUUUAAAAAACAUCAAACGUUUUGGGUUCAAAUGAUUACAGGUAUUUUCAAAGAGAAAUUGGGAUUCGAAGAUUUAAGGAGACUUCGGAUUGAAACCUUUGAAAAGAUUUGCGAUCUUCUUCCCCAUUGUGAAGAUGAAAUAAUACCAAGCGACACCUUAUUGAAUAUGGUUGAGCUUUUUUAAACCUAAUUUAGCUUCAAAAGACAUAUCACUCGGAGGUCAACUUUGAAACUCAUGAAUUGGUGGUUCUUCAAAUUUUGUUGUAACAACCAAUAUUGUUUAGAAAUGCCCGAAUAAUCAGAUUAGUAUAAAUUAGGAGGCGGGCUGGA